AAACACAGCCUGUGGUAGAGGUCUAUCCUCUUGUUAUUUCUGCUCUAUAUGGAUUACAACACUUUGACUAAAAGAUCACUUGGGAUAUUAACGACACCAGUAAGAUUAUAUCAGUCCAGUCCACUUUUCUAUAAAUCCACCUAUUUAAGAAGAAAACUUUUAGUUUUAGGACAUCAUGAAAAAGAGAAAUUGGUUUGCCAUCGGGAUUGCAGUGUUUUUACUGGCGCUCAUUCUGACACUCUCUCUGCUACUCACUAAGAGAUCCUUGAAUUCCCAGCAGUUUACACCCUUGAAUUGCUAUGCUAAGUCAGCAGUGGCAGAGUAUGCUGGGGAAUGCUCUGAUAAUUGCUAUGCUAAAGCAGCAGUGGCAGCGGAUGCUGAGGUUUGCUCUGAGAUCGGGAGGGACAUGUUGAAGCUUGGCGGUUCAGCAGUUGAUGCUGCUAUCGCUGCUCUGCUGUGUGUGGGUGUGGUGAAUCCCCAAAGCAUGGGUAUUGGAGGAGGUGUGGUUUUCACCAUAUACAAUGCAUCAACAGGAACGGUGGAAACUAUUAAUGCCAGAGAAACCGCUCCAAUGGGGGCUUCACAGAACAUGUUUGACAAUGUCUCCGAGACAGGAAAAGGGUUAUAUAUCGCUGUACCAGGAGAACUGCGUGGUUAUCAGAUGGCACACGAUAGGUACGGGAAACUGCCAUGGAGGAAACUGUUCGAGCCCAGUAUAAAGCUGGCCUCUGAGGGUAUUCAGAUUGGCAAGGCCUUGGCUGUUGCCAUCAAUGAGACUUGUCAAACAAUUCUGAAUAAUACUGCAUUGUGGGAAACGUUUUGCGGCUUGAAGGAAAAUGACACAAAGACAAAUGAAACACUAAAACAAUUCCCCAAGCUAAGUCACACCUAUCAGAGGAUCGCAAAUGAAGGACCAGAUAUCUUUUACAAUGGCUCACUGAAUAUAUUGGAUGAUAUCAAGGCUGCAGGAGGCAAUAUAACACUUAACGACCUAAAGAAUUAUGAGGUGAAGAAUGAGUCAGCAUUGAACUUUACUGUGGGGAAUUACAUAUUUCAUGCUCCUGAUGCUCCAUUCGGUGGACCUGUCCUCGCUCUGAUAUUCAACAUACUCGAAGGUUACAAUAUCUCAAGCAGCAAUGUGACUUUGAUGACAAACAAGACUUUGAUGUUUCAUCGUAUGAUAGAGGCGUUCCGCUUCGCUGAUGCCCAAAAGAGUAAACUUGGAGAUCCAGACGCAUAUGAAAACAUCAAUGAGUUGGUCAGAAAUAUGACCUCAGUCAGCUUUGCGGAGGAAAUCUGGAGAAAGAUUAAUGAUAGCAUCAAACAAACCAGCUAUGGGGACAUUAAUAUAGUGCCUGAUGACCAUGGCACCUCUCACCUGUCUAUUAUCGCAGAAGAUGGGAGUGCAGUGGCCGUCACCAGCAGUAUCAAUGACUAUUUUGGCUCUGAAGUGAUGUCAAACUCUACAGGCAUUAUAUUUAAUAACCAAAUGAAGGAUUUCAGUACACCUAGAGAUAAAAAUGUUAACAAAAACAACUUAAUCAAACCAGGUAAAAGGCCACUUUCAUCAAAAUGUCCCACAAUCAUUUUGGACAAACAAAGCGGUCAAGUGAAAAUGGUGGUUGGAGGUGCAGGUGGGACCAAUAUCACCACUGCAGUUGCUCAGGUGAUCCUAAACUAUCUAUUCCUUGAUUAUAACCUGACAAAAGCUGUUGCAGAACCCAGAGUCCAGAUCCCGGAGAAUGUGACAAACGUAGAAAAAGAUUUUGACGAGGAGGUAAGGGAAGGCUUGGUGAAUAAGAAUCACGAGAUAGGAAACAAAACUGAAUUAACAGUGGUCCAGGCGGUUGUGCGAGAGGGGGACUCACUCUGUGCUGAAUCUGACGAGAGGGGUGGCGGUCGUCCUGCCGGAUAUUGAGAACUGCUCCUGUGCUAAUGCUGAUGCUGUUAAAUGUGUGUUUGACCCAGCUAAAGUCAAACCAUUGUCCAGUGACAGAUCCAGACUUGUUUGGUGGGGUGUUUUAUGGGGUGCAAAAAGCUGUUCAUAACAUUGUUUAAGCCAUCCUGCAUGAUAUUCACAGUAGUAUACAUAUCAAGAUACACUCAAAAAUACAUAUUUUCCCUGUUGUAAGCUUUACUAAAAAGAGGUUGAUAGAGAUAAAUUGUCUUUAAUGUCUUUUGAAUGAGUUGUUUCAAAUUAAUAAAGUAUGUCAUCAUAA